AUGGCGAGCCAAUUCUUGCUGCUCGGCAACUUUGUCGGGCUUUGGAUAUUAUGGAAGUUAGCUGAAGCCAUCUACAAUGCUUUCUUGUAUCCAUUGCGCAAAUUUCCAGGACCUUUCGAAGCACGACUAAGUCGCUGGUGGCUUUUCCGGCAGGAGACGCAGGGGUUUUCUCACCUAAUUCUCGAAGAACUACACGAGCGCAAGGUUGUGAGGAUCGCACCUAACGAACUGUCCAUCAAAGCUGUGGAUGCCAGUGCCGUCAUCUAUGGUCAAGGAUCCAAAUUCCGCAAGGCCCCAUACUUCUACAGAGCCUUUGAAACGGAGUCUUCGAACCUCUUCACUAUGACAGAGAGAAGCACAUCUCAAGGACAAGAAGUUGAUGUCUAA